UACUUGCCACCCUCCACUCAAAUGGGAAUUGGUUGAUGCUGGUCUCUAACGCUGGCCCAAGAAGGUAAAUAUGGGAAGUGCCAAAUACUCCACAUGCCUGUAGGCUAGGAAGCCAAAACCCGAAGUCAUACCUUUCCAAUCAGCCACUGCCAGCCAUAUGGCACUUGAGCUGAUGAAGGUGUAUGCAUGAGUAGGAGAACCCAGGGAGGUCCUAAUGGACCAAGAGACAAAAUAAGACAUUCCAGUUAAUGAAAGAACUGUGUGUCCCUUUAAAGAUCAAGUUUUGAAGAAGUCCAUCUACCACCCCCAAAUGGAUGGACUGGUGGAAGGAUUCAAUGAAACCUGAAGGAGUUACUGCUGAAAUUCAUAGCCAGAGACCCACAACAUUGGAACCAGUUGCUUCUGCCCCUUCUAUUCGCCAUCCAUGAGUUGUGAUAUGAGUACCAAAAAAUAGGAAUUAGGAAGCAGUUCAGGAAAUAUUGCAUGUGCAAGCCUCAACAGAAUUUUCCCUGGUUGAACACCUGAAUGGAUAUCAACUCUUAGGGGUGCUGGACCUCCCCCAAGAGACCUGGGAGGAGUUCUUGCAUUGUCUAGUACAUGAUUCACCUGUGGGAAGACAUGGAGAGACUAGGGGCAUUCACCCAGGAGAACUUGCUGAGAGCCGAGCAAGAACACACCUACAACAAAGGGGCCCGGUUGAAAGAGUUUGCAGCUGGGGAUAGGGUCCUGCUACUCCUCUCAAUGUCGGAGUCAAAGCUGAUGGCACAGAGGUGAGGGCCAUUAACUACAAGAUACACCAGCCCAGGAGAUGUAAGGAAACACAAAUCUAUCACAUCAAACUGCUUAAAGCCUGGUGGGAGCAGGAGGCCCUCUUAAUAGUGCCAGACCCACCAGAACCAGAGCUAGAGCCAGAGCUGAGAAGACCACCUGAAGUAUGUAUCAGCUACAUUACAAGCACUUCAGGAGGCGGAACUAACAGCCAAACCAACCAAAUGCCAGCUGGCUCGGCAAGAGGUGCCCUACUUGGGUUACUGAGUAGAAUGGGGGAAGUUGAGACUGCUCAUCAACAAAGUGCAGGCCCUGGCACAAUGUACCAUUCCCAUGACAAAAUGCCGGGUACACUGCUUCCUUGGCCUCAUGGGGUACUACCAGUACUUCAUACCCAACUUCGCUACCAUUGUGGUGCCCUUGACAGACCUGGUAAAGAACAAAGGACAAUCCUGUGGUCAGUGCCUCCAAGAGGGCCUUCCAGGAGCUAAAAGAGUGGAUGAGCCAAGAACCCUGAGUCAGAACCCGGUGGAGUGGCAGGGCUGAGGUUCUCCCACUACACAGAAGAACUGUGCCCACUAACUGGGGUUGCUGCCAGAGACUAACUAUUGGGUGUAGCCGUCACCGUAGGCCCUAACUGCUAGAUAGGAGAUGCUGCUUCCCGCCUAGAAGGGGUAAUACUGAAAACACAAUGAGCGAUGCUUUGCAGAAACAGCUGUCCCAAUCCAUCAUGAGUUUAUUGUGGAUUUUUAGGUUUGUGGAUUAGCCCAGUGUAUAUUAGGAAGGUUCUGAUGCAGGUGGCAAGUCAGAAAGCAGCCAGAGCCAACUGAUUUCAUUUGUGUAAUAGUGGGUGUUUCCUUUACCUGUUGGACAAAAUUGGACUCUCCUCCCAGUAAGUGGAGCUACAAAACCUUAUAACUCAAAGGCACAAUUUCUUAUUCAAGAAGAGUUUGGACUGGAUCAGGAGUCACAGAGGAAGCCAGACACUUGGAAGCAUGGCUGGGAAACCCAAACUGUACUAUUUCAAUGGAAGAGGCCGAAUGGAAACAAUACGGUGGUUGUUGGCAGCAGCUGGAAUCGAGUUUGAAGAACAAUUCUUUGAAACAAGGGAAGGUCUUUUAAAGUUACAGCAGGAUGGAGCCCUGCUGUUUCAACAAGUGCCCAUGGUAGAAAUUGAUGGAAUGAAGAUGGUGCAGACCAGAGCCAUUCUCAACUACAUAUCAGGGAAACACAACCUCUAUGGGAAGGACCUGAAGGAGAGGGCACUGAUUGAUAUGUAUGUGGAAGCAACAAUGGAUCUGAAUGAAAUGAUUAUGCUUCAUCCUAUCCAGCCACCGGAGACAAAAGCAAAGCAUUUUGCCACAAUCAUUGAGAAGGCCACAACCAGGUACUUCCCUGUAUAUGAAAAGGCUUUGAAAGACCAUGGACAGGAUUUUCUUGUUGGCAACCGAUUCAGCAGGGCAGAUGUACAGCUGCUUGAAACUAUUCUAAUGGCAGAAGAGUGCAAGCCUGAUAUACUCUCCAAAUUCCCUGUUUUACAGGGUUUUAAAGCAAAGAUAAGCAACAUCCCCACAAUUAAGAAAUUCCUGCAGCCUGGCAGCCAGAGGAAACCACCGCUAGAUGAAAAAUUAGUUCCAAAAUUGAUGAGCAUUUUCCACGCUGAUAAUGAAUGAUGGCUUAAAAUCAUGGCAGCUGUUUUACUGUAGAUGUGUAUUAGCUAUUAAAACUGAAAAGUGAAGUUAAUUCAAAGUGUGAAAAUUAUAGUGACAAAAUCAGUUAACACAAGCUAGAAAUGAUGUAUGCAGAAGUGUCCACAGUAAAUCCAAAUAAUUGUGCUAGCACAUGAAAUGGUUCACUGAAUUAUAGGAUGCACAGAGCAAAAGAGGUGACAUUAAACCACUAGCUUUAAGAGAAUAAAAUGAAAUAAAACAUCUCAUUAC